AUGGGAGGAAAACCUUCAAUCCAAGAACAACAAAAAGCUGAGUACAAGGGCCACCCCGAAGAGCAGACGUACUAUCAAAUUAAAGGGAGUGAUCUUUCUACGAUUAUUACGAACAAGGACGAUGCCAAAUACAAAGCAUUUGGUGGCCUUCAAGGGAUAACACAAUUACUCGAGACUGACACUGAGAAAGGAAUUUGUGACGACUCUUUUGCAAAGAGACAAGAACAAUUCGGUAAAAACAAAACGCCAGACCCCGUCAUUACACCUUUCUGGAAGAUCUUCUUAGAGGCGUUGAAAGAUAAGACUUUGAUCAUUUUGAUGGUUGCCGCUCUCGUUUCUUUGAUCUUAGCCGUUGCCGUCCCAAGUUCGACGAACAAGUGUAUCAUAGAAGACGAAAAGAAGUUUAACACCGACUGGAUCGAAGGAGUUGCUAUUCUCGCCGCCGUUUUAGUUGCGUCUCUUGGGAGUUCCAUCUCCGAUUACUCCAAGCAGAAGAAGUUCUUAGCCUUAGCUGCCGAUGAGAAGGAUGUCAAGAUCAAAGUAGUUAGAAAUGGUGAACAGGAGUUAAUUUCGACAUUCAACUUAUGUGUUGGAGACUUAGUUAACUUAGAUGUUGGUGAUGUUCUAGCCACCGAUGGUAUCUAUGUCUCAGGUAAUGGUCUUCGUGUUGAUCAGAGUGACAUGACUGGUGAGUCUGAUGCUAUUAAGAAGACGGCGGAGAACUAUUAUAUGAUGUCUGGUACCAAAAUCACUGAUGGGAAUGGUAAGAUGAUAGUCGUAGCUGUAGGACCCAAUAGUAUGUGGGGAGCUACAAUGGAAGAUGUCAACAAGAAUAAAGAUGAGGCGACACCUUUACAAGAGAAGCUUGAUGAUAUUGCGAUGAAAAUUGGAUACUUUGGAAUGGGUGGAGGAGCUUUAGUCUUUGUAGCAUUGACUAUCUAUUACAUUGUCGGACAAUGCACACAUGAGCCAGUUAUGAAACAUACGGAUACUAAUGGGAUUAUAGCUGGGUGUGUCACAUGUCCUGUGAGCGAAAAAGAUCCGCAAUUCGGAACUUUGUGUGAGGAUUAUAAAUUUGAAUGGGACUCAUUGAAGCAAUUGGUCGAUUACUUCAUUUUGGCAGUUACAAUUGUCGUUGCCGCUGUUCCUGAAGGUCUUCCAUUAGCCGUGACCAUUUCUUUGGCGUAUUCUAUGAAGCAAAUGUUUAAAGAUAACAACUUGGUCAGACACUUGAAGGCGUGUGAAACGAUGUCGAACUGCACGAACAUCUGCUCUGAUAAGACUGGGACAUUAACAGAAAAUCGAAUGACUGUAGUCUGUGGCUAUUUUGGUGGUGUAGAAAUGACUAAGAGAGGGGAAGACUUCCAAAUCAAUGAGAAUUAUGAGAGAAUUAUUCAUGAGAACACUUCUUUGAAUUCAUCGCCAUCAACAACUUUAGAAGAAGUGAAUGGACAAAUUAAUGUUAUUGGUAAUAAGACUGAAGGUGCUUUAAUGAUGUUCUCUAAGAGCAGAGGUGUUGAUUAUAAGCAAUUAAGAAAGGAGAAGGAGAUCUACCAAAUGUUUGGCUUCUCUUCAUUAAAGAAGAGAAUGAACACAUUAGUCUGGGAAGAAAAACCAACCAAAGUCCGGAUGUUGACUAAAGGCGCGCCAGAAAUGAUCAUUUUGCAGUGCACACAUUAUAUGAAAUCAACAGGAGAAAUUGCCGAAUUAACAGAUGACGUUAAAAAUGAAUUGGCUCAAAGACAAGCAGCUUGGGCUAAUAAGGGGUGCAGAACACUUGCGUUGAGUUACAAAGACAUUGCUCCUAAGAACUUGGACAACUUCGACGAUUUGUAUGAAGAGGCUGAUGAGAGCGGAAGCAUCUUGUUGGCGUACUUCGGCAUUGAAGAUCCACUGAGAGUCGAAGUCCCCGAAGCUGUUAAGACGUGUCAAGGCGCUGGAAUAAAACAGUGCAAUAUCAUCUCGUCUGAUGACGACUUUGCAAUUGAAGGUCCAGCAUUUGCAAAGAUGAGUGAUGAAGAGAUUAUUGAGAAGAUCCCAUCAUUAAGUGUCAUUGCUAGAUGUUCUCCACAAGAUAAGAAGAGACUUGUCUUGUUAUUGAAAAAACAAGGCGAAGUCGUUGCAGUCACUGGUGAUGGUACCAAUGAUGUGCCAGCUCUUAAGAAUGCACACAUUGGACUUGCUAUGGGUAUUAGAGGGACUGAUGUAGCAAAACAAGCGUCUGAUAUUGUUAUUCUUGAUGAUAACUUCAAGUCCAUUGUGAAUUCCGUAAUGUGGGGGAGAUGUGUCUUUGAUAACAUUAGAAAAUUCCUUCAAUUCCAAUUAACGGUGAAUGUCUCAGCUGUUGGGUUAUGUAUCAUUGGUUCAGUCUUUGUAGGAGAAGCGCCAUUAAAUGCACUUCAGAUGCUUUGGGUGAAUAUGAUUAUGGAUACCUUAGCAGCACUUGCUUUGGGUACUGAGAAACCUACCAAAGAGUUGUUAAAGCGAAAGCCAUUUGGGAAGUACAAUUCAUUGUUAUCACCAAAGAUGAUACGUAGUAUCUUGUCUCAAACCUUAUGGCAAUAUGCUUGUUGUUUGACUAUUGUGUUUGCUGGGCGCUACAUUCCAUUCUUAGAAGCGCCAUGUGGAUUUGCUCGUACGAUGAACCGCUCUGCUGGUGAUGAUUUCAGUGAUGUUUGUGCGACGUGGGAAAAGGAGACGAGUGGGAGUGGGGAGAUGUUUAAGAGUUAUGAUAAUGUCAAGACCGAUACCAUAACCUUACAGACGUUAGUCUUCAACACUUUUGUGUUCUGUCAAGUCUUCAAUAUGUUCAACUCUCGUAAGGUCAAUGGGGAACAUAACAUCUUCCAAAACAUCUUUGCUAAUAUGUAUUUCGCAUGUAUCUUCGUUGGCAUUUCAAUUACACAAGUGAUCAUUGUAGUCUUCUUGGGUAUCAUUUUCGAUGGUACACCAUUCUCUCCAUCAAAUAACCAAUAUGGAUUAACAUGGCAAGGGUGGAUCUUCUCUGUUUUAUGUGGGAUGGUCUCCAUUCUUGUCGGACAAAUUGCUUUGUUCAUCCCAGUCCCCGAACAAAAGGUCAAGAAGUUCAAAGAACCAUCGCCUUUCGCGAAACUCAAAUUCUGGAAGAAGAAAGAGGAAUAUGAACCAUUCGGACAUUCCGAAGAUGUCAUCGACGAUGAAAAUGCUGACUCACUUUCUGUGCCACCAUCACUCCCAGUAAAUGAACACGCUGCUAUUUUAAAGGAAAAUUAA